AUGAGUAUCAUCGGCAAAGAGAAUGGGUCUACAAGGGGUAUCAUUGAGGCAGAAGUCUCUAAUUCACGAAUUUCUCUUCUGCCUCAAGGCAAUCAUCUACGGAGUCUGAUGACUCUACUUCGCGAUUCAAACACAAGCGUCGCCACUUUUGCGGAUGUGACUGAAAGAGUUGGUGAUCAACUUAUUAGUGCUGCUCUCGAUUUACUUCCUGUCAACGAGACGAAAGUGGUCAGCCCGACUGGGGCUGAAUAUCAAGGCAUCCGAGAGACCACUGAGGUCUGUGGGGUGAGCAUUCUUCGAGCUGGUGCAAGUCUGGAAAAUGCCAUGCGACGAGGAUACACUGGCCCACUGAGCUUUGGAAAAUUGUUGAUUCAACGUGAUGAAUCAACGAGUCUUCCGACACUUUAUUAUUCCAAGUUUCCCACGGGAAUCGCUUCUAAGACUGUCUUCAUCCUUGAGCCAAUGCUGGCUACUGGGGGCUCGGCGUGUGCCGCAAUUGAAAGUAUCAAGGCAAAUGGCGUUGCCGAGGAGAAUAUUAUUUUCAUAAAUAUCUUAGCGUCGCGGCAUGGAAUCAGCGUGUUAUUUGAUCGAUUUCCCUCAAUUCGCUUGGUUACAGCAGCUAUCGAUGAAGAGCUCACAUUAUCAAAUCAUAUCAGUCCUGGAUUGGGGGAUUUUGGAGAUCGCUUUUAUGGAACACAUAAUUGA